UGAGAGAGCAUGUGCGCCUCACGAAAGCUUCCAGGCAACAAACAUCAUCAGCAUAAGCUCGCGCCGGCAGCUAUGGCGCCCAUCCUCGGCGACCACGUUUGGGCGUAGGACGUUUGGCCUUACCACUGGUGGGUGUAGCCAACGCCUAGAGUGGAUCGCUCGACCUCACUCUUAUCGUCAACUUAGAAGGUACGCGAAACCACUUGAAGAUCAGCGACAUGGCUUCACCUGGCAAGUACAAGGUCUUCGUGAGCAGGACCGACAUACCACCCAAGGCCAUGGAGCUCCUGGAGACGAAGUGCAACGUGACCAGCGUGGCUUGCACGCCGGCCAACUGGCUCGAGAUAUGGAGCAAGCACGUGGCCGGAAUGGAAGGACUCUUCAUCCAACACUAUGAACAGAUCAACGCAAAGACACUCGACAUGGCCGGUACCCGUCUUCGGGUGGUGUCCACCAUGUCAGUGCACCACGGAAACAUCGACUUAGAGGAGUGCCGCAAGCGCGGAAUCCACGUCGGGAACACGCCCCAUGUGCAGAGCGACGCCGUGGCCGAAUUCGCAUUGGCGCUCACGAUUAUGGCUUCAAGGAGGAUCGCCGAAGGCUUCGACGCAAUAAGGGCGGGAAAUUGGACCCCGACAACUAAUAUGUCCUGGCUGGUCGGGCCUGAGCUCGUGGGCAAGGUUGCCGGGGUUGUUGGCCUGGGAAGUAUUGGAAUGGAAAUCGUCAACCGGCUGAGGGCAUUCAAAGUGCGAAGUAUCUUGUACCACAACAGGCACCCCAAAAUAGACCCGCUGCCGUACGACAUCCAGUACACCACACUGAAGCAUCUGCUGUGCAACAGCGACAUUGUUAUCGUCAGCUGCCCACUCAACGCGGAGUCGCAGCAGAUGUUCAAUGAGAAGACAUUUCACCUGAUGAAGCAUACGGCGAUCUUCGUCAGCAUCAGUCGGCGAGAAGUGGUGAACGAAGAAGCCCUCUGCAACGCUCUGAAGAACGGUGGGAUCGCCUUCGCGGCGCUCGACGCGGCUGGCAACACGCCUAUGGACAAAGACAACCCACUUCUCAAGCUCCCAAACUGCGUCGUCACGCCCCAUAUCGCCUCGGAAGGGAGGGACACCAUAGUCAAGACUGCUGUCAUGUGCACCGAGAACCUCCUGGCAGCGCUUGAGGAGAAAUACCACGCCGCUGCCAACCUCCUCUGCUGACGGCCCGGGAGAGCUCGGUUCCUUCAAAAGUGUCGCCUCAGCGACUUUGAGCGCGGCUACUAUUGAGGGCCAAAAAUAAAAAAGCGGGGAACCUUCUCG